GGCUGACGAAGAGACUCGAACGGAAUUUCGGCGGACGCUACUGGGUAAAACCGCCAAGUUUGAUUGUUUUCUAAUAUUUUACGCAACUGGUACAUUAAAUCUCUCAUCCCCCACUGUCAAGGCUCGCAACAAAAACGUCGAGUACAGUCUGUUCCUCUUCAACUCAAGUGCUACUGCUGUGAUGGGUUGGAAUUUCCUGACUGGACUGCUGGAAGAAAUCCAUAAUCACUCAACAUUUGUGGGCAAGAUCUGGCUGACCGUCCUCAUCGUUUUCCGUAUCGUGCUGACCGUUGUUGGGGGAGAGUCCAUCUACUAUGACGAACAGAGCAAGUUUGUUUGCAAUACAGGGCAACCGGGUUGUGAGAAUGUGUGCUAUGACAGCUUUGCUCCGCUCUCUCACGUGCGCUUCUGGGUCUUCCAGACAAUUGUGGUUACAGCUCCUUCUCUUAUGUAUCUGGUCUAUACGGUCAAUAAAAUUGCACAAAUGGAGGAGCAUGAUGACAGUGGAGCAGGGGCUACUCUGUCUCUCAGAAAGAAGCAAUAUGUUGGGGGGAGAAGCCAACAAAGAUGCACUGAAGAGGCUGAAGAUGGCAAUGUGGAGGACCCAAUGAUCUAUGAGAUAAUAGACAUGGAGAAUGAUGGUGUAGUGAAAGGAGGGGUUGGAGAAAAGCAGAGCGAGGUCAGGAUGCGCCACGAUGGCCGUAAGCUGCUUCAAAAGGAUGGCCUGAUGCAAAUUUAUGUUUUGCAACUUCUGGUACGAGUUGCUCUGGAAGUGGGCUUCUUGUGUGGUCAAUAUGCUCUGUAUGGAUUUACUGUCCCUCCCUCCUAUGAGUGUACAUCUCUGCCCUGUCCUCACACAGUCAACUGCUAUGUGUCACGGCCCACUGAGAAAACUAUCUUUCUCCUCAUUAUGUAUGCUGUCUCUUUUCUUUGUCUCGCCAUCAACAUUUGGGAGAUGCUUCACCUUGGUUUUGGUUCUUUCUGUGAGGAAAUGCAGUCUCACCAAAACCAGUCAGCUAAGUGUUACAGGCUCACAAAACCGGCCGGCAGUCUGGAAGAUCCGGCAUUUAAGUGCAGAGAGUAUGAUGGUCAGCCGUGCUCUUGGGACAUACCCUCUGCACCACCAGGCUACAAUUUCACUGUCAAGCCCCUCCUGGUGUCUACAGCACCUGGUGAACAAGCUUUACUGAGCAAUAACUUAACUCAUUCCAAGAUAGUCCACCAACAGAACAGCGUGAACAUUGCCCAAGAAGAGCGCCAGCAGAACUCCAACAAUAAAGACAUUUCUGCUGCCAGAAGAGGUGUUUCCUGUCGAGUCCCUAUGGACAGCCCACAGCUUCAAAAAACCAUGAGGAACAAGUCUCAGCAAGAACGUAAACAAAGGCAAACCUCCAAACAUUGCUCCAGCAAAGCAGACUCCAUCAGAUGUUGCAGCGGCAAUAACAGCAACCUCAAGUACGGAGAAGUCAGAGGUACAGAGUGGAUAUGA